AUGUUGCGGCAGUCAUCGAGCAUCGUGUUCAUCUUCUCACGGAGCUUAUCGGGUUUUGACUCAGAAGAUACCGAUCUCUUGCCGAAGUCUGUCGAGGUGACCGAGGAGGCAGGAAAAAUGACCCUCCAACCGAAACCUACCACGGGAACCAGUCAUGUCUCGGAGGAGAUCCCUCUAAUAGGAGACAGAUGGAGCUCUGAAGAGCAAGAGUUUGUCAAUCAGGGAUUGGACAUCACAGGACAGGGUUCAGUGACCCCUCAGUCGCCCCCCACGACCUACAAACAGAGAUGUGACGAGUUUAAGAAGCUGUUCAGAGAUCUGCCCGAGAGCGAAAAACUCAUCACGGACUACACCUGCGCCCUCCAGAAAGAUAUUCUGCUCCAAGGUCGUCUUUACAUCUCAGAGAACUGGCUUUGCUUCUACAGUAACGUAUUCAGAGGCACAAAGAUCAUGGUGGCCAUGCAGGACAUCGCGUCAAUGACCAAGGAGAAGACGGCGAGGCUAAUUCCAAAUGCUAUUCAGAUCUCCACCGACGCAGAUAAGUUGUUCUUCUCAUCAUUCUCUGUCAGAGAGAAAAGUUUCCUCAUCAUUUUUCGUCUUUGGCAGAACGUUCUAUUGGAGAAGAAACUCACGGGGCAGGAGUGGUGGCAGAUGGUCAAACAACACUAUGGCAACGACCUGGGCUUGAGCCACGAGGAGAUGGAGAGCUUGCAGAUCACCCCAGACACAAUCGCAGUCACGCCAACGCAGCCUAGCCUGAACAUGAGAGGAGAGGAGCAUUCUGGGAAGCUGGAGCGACCAACGUCCCUGCGUCUCCCGCAGGGGGAGCAGACAUCGUACGAGGCCACCACUCCACAGGGAGAUGACACACAGUCAUCGCUCGGGAUACAGAGCACGUUUUCAGCAAACGGGGACGACUCGAGAAGCACGCCGUCUCGCCAGCGCACCCCUGACCUGUCUCUCAACCGCUUCAGCUCUGAGAGAGCCUCCAAAUACUCCUCUCUCUCUCUGGACCUGAACGCCAACGAAGACCGCCUCUCCGACAACAGCCCGUCCGACAGCGUGGAGGAAGUGGUGGAGGAGAGGGAGUGUGUGAGUCAGGUGUCACAGGGAAGACUCUACGUAAACAGAGUGUUCCACUUCAGCGCCAAAAAAAUGUUCGAGCUCCUGUUCACCGACUCGCAUUUCUCUCGCCGCUUCAUGGACGUCAGGAAGAUCACAGGUGUCACCUCCACUCCCUGGCAGAGAGAUGCCACUGCUUCCAUGAAGAGGACCCUGAACUACACUGUCACAAUCACAAACCCGUUAGUGGGUAAAUUCUCCACUGCCACAGAGUACCAGACUCUCUAUAAGGAAUCCAGAGAGGGGCAGUACUACCUGGUGGAUUCUGAAGUGUACACACACGACGUGCCCUAUCACGACUACUUCUACACACACAAUCGCUACUGCAUCAUACGCAACUCCAAACACAAGUGUAGGCUCAGGGUCUACUCUGAUGUGAAGUACAAGAAACAGCCCUGGGGUCUCGUUAAGUCUUUCAUUACGAAGAACUCCUGGAGUGGUAUAGAGGAAUACUUCAGACAUCUGGAGUCAGAGCUUCUCGAGGAGGAGGCGGAGUUUACCCAGGGGGGUGGAGACACAGGGAAGAUUGGCGGCUUGCGCAGAAGGCGGAGGACCUACAGUCGUAGCCUGCAGGACCAUAUGAAACCUGGCAAGCAGUACGGGACAGACUUAGAACAGCACAGAGAUGGCAGCAUGGGUGCCAUGAAUAUGAAGAACACACACCGGUUGAAUAUUACCUCUAUUGUGGCUGGAAUGAGCGUCAUUCUGUUGAUCCUGACGGUGCUGAACCUGGGGCUGUUCUUCAAACUGUGGGCGAUGGAGGAUGUGGCACAGAGGAUGUACCUGAGCACCAAACACCGUAUGAGAGAAAGGGCGGAGGCCAGCCUGGCCUCUGAGCUUGGCUCCCGGCACAGCGCCACCCACAGGAGCAAAGAGGAGGCGCAUUUACUCAGGACGGUACUGCAAGACUCCAUAAACCUGCUUGAACAGUUGCGUGCUUCUCUGGUGGUGCUGCAGCAGAACUUCCAAGACCACAACAGAACUUCAGCUUGAGUGUGACUUCCUCGUCACCAGGGCGACCUCGGAACAAGGGGGUGGGGGUUCUCCCCACAGAACUCACAGGUGUAACCAAGAGCGUUCCCAUGGACGCGGUGGCUGAGAAGCAUUUUGUUGCCGAGGACAUUGGUCUCCUUAGGCCUUUCUGUUGUGGCAUCAGGUGGCUGAAUGUUUUUAAAAUAAGCUUGUUUCUGUAGCUCUGUUUAGCAGUGAUAGAGAGAGAGAGAGAGAGAGAAGGAGAGCAAUGCAGGCCCAUUGCCCAAGAAAGGGGAUAGUUCACAUAUAAUAGAGUUCUGUUUUCACGUCACUUCCGUUUUCAAAUCAGAUCAUUGUCCCUCCAGUUAGAGGUAAACUUUGUACUGAAUUAUUGAAUAUUCAUUGUUAUGGGUUGUUUUUUUUGUUUGUUUGUUUGGCCUUCACUGAAUUCACUCUCUGUCACCUGGACAACGGGAUCAGUAGGCUAUGGCAGGAAGUAGCAUUACAUGUUUUAGAGAUAGUACAGUGACAAUUAUGCGCUGAGAGAGUGAUUGAAUUCUUAGUGUGAUUGUUUCCCUGAUGGUAAAACUGCAACUGGUUUGUAA